GAAGCACUGCAGUAAAGGGGAGCAUGCGCGGGUUUGACGUCUGUGGGAUGCCGCAACCCCGCAAGGAAGAUGGCGGCGCUCAGGGCUUUGUGGAGAUUGCGGGCACCUUCAGGGUCAUGGAGACAGGGGAUUGCGCUGGGGGCGGCGCCCAGCAGAGGAAAGCAGUGGCAGCCUGAUGUGGAGUAUGUCGAGCAUUAUGGAGGCGCCGUCAUGUAUCCCACGAAAGAGACGGAAAAAUGGGUCCCUCCUCCCUGGAACGACAAGGACCCUCCCUUUGAGAAAAACGUCUCCAAUCUGACCAUCAACUUUGGGCCUCAGCACCCUGCGGCUCACGGGGUCUUGCGUUUGGUCAUGGAGCUGAGCGGGGAGUCUGUGAAGAAAUGUGACCCCCACAUCGGCUUGCUUCACCGGGGCACCGAGAAGCUGAUAGAGUACAAGACCUAUCUCCAGGCUCUGCCAUACUUUGACCGGCUUGACUACGUCUCUAUGAUGUGCAACGAGCAGGCCUACUCCUUGGCGGUGGAGAAGCUGCUCAACAUCCGUCCACCCUUGAGGGCUCAGUGGAUCCGAGUUCUCUUUGGCGAAAUCACGCGUCUCCUGAACCACAUCAUGGCCAUCACAACCCACGCCCUGGACAUUGGGGCCAUGACUCCUUUCUUCUGGAUGUUUGAGGAGAGGGAAAAGAUGUUUGAAUUCUAUGAACGGGUGUCUGGAGCCCGGAUGCACGCUGCUUACGUCCGCCCAGGAGGGGUCCACCAGGACAUGCCUCUUGGGCUGAUGGAUGACAUCUAUGAGUUUGUGAAGAAUUUCUCCAUCCGGAUAGAUGAGGUGGAAGAGAUGCUGACAAACAACCGAAUCUGGAAAAACCGGACAGUUGAUAUUGGAGUGGUGACGUCGGAGGAAGCUCUCAAUUAUGGUUUUAGUGGAGUGAUGCUUCGUGGCUCAGGGAUCCAGUGGGACCUUCGCAAAACCCAGCCAUACGACGUCUACGACCAGGUGGAGUUCGAUGUCCCGAUUGGGUCGCGAGGUGACUGCUACGACAGAUACCUGUGCCGAGUGGAGGAGAUGCGCCAAUCCCUCCGUAUCAUCUUGCAGGCCCUCAACAAGAUGCCCGAGGGAGAGAUCAAAGUGGACGAUGCCAAGAUCUCCCCUCCAAAGCGGGCGGAGAUGAAGACUUCCAUGGAGGCCCUAAUCCACCACUUCAAGCUGUACACAGAGGGCUACCAAGUUCCCCCUGGAGCUACGUACACAGCUAUAGAGGCACCCAAGGGGGAGUUUGGUGUGUACCUGGUCUCUGACGGCAGCAGCCGCCCCUACCGCUGCAAGAUAAAGGCUCCAGGAUUCGCCCACCUGGCUGGGCUGGAUAAGAUGUCGCAAGGUCACAUGCUUGCGGACGUGGUGGCCAUCAUCGGCACCCAGGACAUCGUCUUUGGCGAAGUGGAUAGAUAAGCGUUGAGCCCCCUGGAGCGAACCACAGCAUCUCCUCGUAGAGGGGGAAUCCCUCCUGAAUUGACACCUCCCAGCAAGGACCGUGUCUCUCUCUCUCUCUCUGUGUACAGUCUUGUGUGGCCCUUCUUGCACUGCAGGCAGGGCUUAGCUAUAAUUAAACAAAAUGCUCUCGGCAAA